GCCCCCCUCUAUGAGGCAGAGGCCGCGGCGGCCGUUAGCGCUGUCGCUCCGGGGGCCGCGGCGGGCGGGGCUCCGGCCGGGCCCGGCCUAGUCCCCACCCCAGCCCGGCUUCCAGCCGCCCGCCCUCCUCCCUCCCUCUCCCCGAUGCAGGGGGCCGAGCUCCGGGAUGGCGAGGCGGCGGCGGCGGCCGCUUCGUACCGCGUCCUGAGCCGCCUCCUUGGCUAUGGAGAGGCGGCCCCCGAGCCAGGCCCGCCGCCGCCGCCCCCGGGCCAUGGCCCCCCGCCGCCACCCUUCCUCGCGCGGCCCGGCCCGCGGGGCUCCCGGCCGCCGCAGCUGAUGGUGUUCCGCAACGUGGGUCGGCCGCCGGAGGAGGAGGACGUGGAGGCGGCCCCGGAGCCGGGACCCUCGGAACUGCUGUGUCCCCGGCACCGCUGUGCCCUGGACCCCAAGGCCCUGCCGCCGGGCUUGGCGCUCGAGCGGACCUGGGGCCCGGCGGCUGGACUAGAGGCGCAGUUGGCGGCUCUGGGGCUCGGGCAGCCGGCAGGGCCGGGGGUCAAGACAGUCGGUGGGGGUUGCUGCCCGUGCCCGUGUCCCCCUCAGCCGCCCCCUCCGCAGCCCCAGCCGCCUGCUGUCGCCCCGCAGGCCGGGGAGGACCCCACGGAAACGAGCGACGCGCUGCUAGUCCUGGAGGGCUUGGAAUCGGAGGCCGAGAGCCUGGAGACUAACAGCUGCUCGGAAGAGGAGCUCAGCAGCCCGGGUCGCGGAGGAGGAGGGGGCGGCCGGCUUCUGCUGCAGCCCCCAGGCCCUGAAUUACCUCCGGUGCCCUUCCCGCUGCAGGACUUGGUCCCUCUGGGGCGCCUGAGUAGAGGAGAGCAGCAGCAGCAGCAGCAGCAACCUCCCCCGCCCCCGCCUCCUCCCGGGCCCCUCCGGCCACUCGCGGGUCCUUCUCGGAAGGGCUCCUUCAAAAUCCGCCUCAGUCGCCUCUUUCGAACCAAGAGCUGCAACGGUGGCUCCGGCGGUGGGGAUGGGACCGGCAAGAGGCCUUCUGGAGAGCUGGCUGCUUCAGCUGCGAGCCUGACAGACAUGGGAGGUUCUGCGGGCCGGGAGCUGGACGCGGGGAGGAAACCCAGGUUGACAAGAACUCAAAGUGCCUUUUCUCCAGUCUCCUUCAGCCCCCUGUUCACAGGUGAAACUGUGUCGCUUGUGGAUGUGGACAUUUCUCAGCGGGGCCUGACCUCUCCACACCCUCCAACUCCCCCUCCUCCUCCAAGAAGAAGCCUCAGCCUCCUAGAUGAUAUCAGUGGGACGCUGCCUACAUCUGUCCUUGUGGCUCCGAUGGGGUCUUCCUUGCAGUCUUUCCCCCUACCUCCGCCUCCUCCACCCCAUGCCCCAGAUGCAUUUCCCCGGAUUGCUCCCAUCCGAGCAGCUGAAUCCCUGCACAGCCAACCCCCACAGCACCUCCAGUGUCCUCUCUAUCGGCCUGACUCGAGCAGCUUUGCAGCCAGCCUUCGAGAGUUGGAGAAGUGUGGUUGGUAUUGGGGGCCAAUGAAUUGGGAAGAUGCAGAGAUGAAGCUGAAAGGGAAACCAGAUGGUUCUUUCCUGGUACGAGACAGUUCUGAUCCUCGUUACAUCCUGAGCCUCAGUUUCCGAUCGCAGGGUAUCACCCACCACACUAGAAUGGAGCACUACAGAGGAACCUUCAGCCUGUGGUGUCAUCCUAAGUUUGAGGACCGCUGUCAAUCUGUUGUAGAGUUUAUUAAGAGAGCCAUUAUGCACUCCAAGAAUGGAAAGUUUCUCUAUUUCUUAAGAUCCAGGGUUCCAGGACUGCCACCAACUCCUGUCCAGCUGCUCUAUCCAGUGUCCCGAUUCAGCAAUGUCAAAUCCCUCCAGCACCUUUGCAGAUUCCGGAUACGACAGCUCGUCAGGAUAGAUCACAUCCCAGAUCUCCCACUGCCUAAACCUCUGAUCUCUUAUAUCCGAAAGUUCUACUACUAUGAUCCUCAGGAAGAGGUAUACCUGUCUCUAAAGGAAGCGCAGCUCAUUUCCAAACAGAAGCAAGAGGUGGAACCUUCCACGUAGCGAGGGGCUCCCUGCUGGUCGCCACCAAGGGCAUUUGGUUGCCAAGCUCCAGCUUUGAAGAACCAAAUUAAGCUACCAUGAAAAGAAGAGGAAAAGUGAGGGAACGGGAAGAUUGGGAUUCUCUGUUCAGAGACUUCGGUUCCCCACGCAGCCCUGGGGCUUGGAAGAAGCACAUGACCAUACUCUGCGUGGGGCUCCACCUCAUACCCACCCCUGGGCAUCUUGGGACUGGAGGGGCUCCUUGGAAAACUGGAAGAAGUCUCAACACUGUUUCUUUUUCAGAAGUUUUGUUUUUGAUAUUUGUAUUACUUGGUAUGGAAAACUCACCUUGAAGGCAGCUGGGGUUUGUGCCCAUUAGAUUGAAAGUGGUAUGAAGGGUGAGCAGGUCCAAAGAAGGGGUGGGAGGAGGGGACGGGACGGCCAUUCAGCUGGUGCCAAAGGCAGAGUUAGAGUCUGUGCCGUGGGCCUGGAAGAUGGGAGGAAGGGCCUGAGGUUUGCAAAGGACUGAGAGUUCCUGAGGGAGGGGGAGUCUGCUUCUUGUUGCCAUGGGCAGCUGUGGUAGGAGCAGAAGAGAAAGGAGGGUAGGUGGUCUCGAAAACAAUAUUGGGCAAAACCUGGCAAUUGGCCUUAGCUGGGGGAAGUAGUGACUCCUGCAUCCUUUUUUAAGGUUUAGGAAUCUGAGUUCAGAAACACCUCUCAUGGAAGCUGUACUAGUUGUCAUUUACUUAAUUCCUUAAGUUCCAUGACCUGAAGUUAACCCAUUCUUUCUCUGCUCUCAACCCAUUCCCCCUUGAGAUAACUGUACAUGUCACUCUGGUCAUGGUAACGGCAUCCCUAUUGCUUCUGCCGGCUGUCAAGGCAAUCGUUUUUCUCAUCACCUGGGCGGUUCAGAGCCAAUCAUGGGCUGCUGAAUUUAAUGGAGCGUGCUUCCAGGUUCUUCAUGGCAAACUGUACUCAUGACUUAGGAGUCAGUGUUACUUCUAUAUGCCUGUCAGCUUAUGAGGGGGAAUGUGGAGGAAGGUGAGAAAUGCAGCUCCCACAGUUGUGCUCUUCCUAGAGAAAGCUCUCAGAACGCAGCCCUCACAGGAUUUCCUUAGGUCAGAGGAGAGCAUCGCAUCUCGUGUUUUUAGGUUUAUCACUGCUGUCCGACUUCUGAGAUGGGAGGUAGCAAGGGCUUCUAUAUUUUCCUGUGUUCAUUCUAGCAACCCAGACAUUUCCAGAUCAGAGCUUGCUGGUCUCCACUCACUGGAAAGUGUGUCAGGUGCCGAUUUGAGAGCUGCCUGUCUUCUGGCUCUCAGGAGGAGUGGGCAGAAAAACUCCAAUGGUCUUUAAUGGUUUCUGCAGCUGGCCAUGGCCAAUUCAUAUGACGCUGUGAGUUUGCUUUCUUGUAGAGCUGCUCUGGGGAGAGGUUUGCUAUUGAGAUGUAACAGUGGAGCUGUUGGGUCUUCAUGACUCCUUUGCGUGUGUUCUGUGAGACUCUUUCUGGGUUCCCCAUGCUUAUAGCUGCCUCAUCUCACAAGAUACUAAUGUCAGGUUUGUGGUUUCCUGAUGGUUUGGGUGGGGCCCCAGUGUCUUGGUAAUUUAUAGGACCACCUCAUCUGGGAGCAUUGCCUUCUUAGUCCUGCAUGUAAUGACCAGUCUUCCUCCUUGUAGCUGAACAGGGAGGAAACUUGCACCAUUACCUGACCAUGGAGGGGCGGCCCACAAGAUGAGCUUUGCACCAUAAACACAGCCCACCUCUGAUUUGUCAUAUGGUACCUCUUCUUUUCUUGGCUUCCAUGGUAGCAUUACCAACUAUUACCAAUUAAGCAAGAUUAUGAUCCCAGAAAUUGGCUUAGCAUGUGAGUGUUGCCUCUUGAGAGUACAAGUGAUAUAACUCGCCAUCUUGCAGGAAGUGCCACCCUGAUACAGAGCCUGAAGUCUGGAAUCCAUUGAGAUCCUUGGGUGGCGGAUAUGCAGCCUGGAGCUUUCUUUUUUUUGUUCCUUUUCAACCACUCAUAAUUUUAAGAUUAUUUUUUAGUGUGUGUGUGCCUGGCUUUGUGCUAGAUGCUAUAGAAAACAAAAAAGGUAAAAGACGUAAUCUGUGGCCUAAGGGAGCUUUUAGGUGACUGCUGCACAUCAAGCAGAAAAUCAAGGACCAUCUAAAGACAUUUGUAGUGGAUAAGAUCAGGGUAGAACAGAUGGUCUGGGAAAGUUCUGUGCCUCUGAGGUUUUGGGUUGUAGUUAAUGGCAGGACAGACAGUGAGAUGAGAAACACAUGAACAAAAGCAAGGAAACAGAAAUCUGCAUGGCAUGUACUGAACAGUGCACAGCCCUGUUAGAGCUACAUGGUUAAAGAAUCCUUUCCAGUGCAGUUGUCUAGAUGGAAGCUUCUCAGCCACCAGGCAGACCUGAGUGCCGAGGGUUUAUGCUGGUUAGGUGGAGCCCAAAGCCCAAAGGAGUCAGCAAGGCUUCUGCCCAUUGCCAGGGCCUCGCUGUGGUCAGCUCAGGCCAUGUGAGGGAGGCGGAACCUGCACACACCUUAUGUUACUGGGGUUUCUUCUGGAGAACUCAUACACUCAGGUACAAAACAAACCAACUGAGGAGGUGUGACCCAACCUCACCACCCACCUUUCUUCUCCUGGGGAGGGUCGUGUUGAACUGUGUCUGUGAUCUGUCGGUGCACUGGUCCCAGCCCUGGCUGCAGCCUAGUCCUUCCUCUGUGGAGUGGGCUGCAAAACAGCAGUGCAAGAGGAGACAGGUGUGGGUGUUUGGUGCCUGCAUGGGUGGCCUUGCACAGAGCAGUUAGAGGAAGAUGAGGAGGAGGCAUGGGGCUGCACCAGCUCUCUGGGAUGCAGCCUGGUCAGAGAGUAAAUGGAGCAGAGGAACAGGUGCAGCAGCUGGGGUAGCACCUGCCCUUCACCUCCCCAACCAGGCCCACGCCUCCUUCACCAGUGCUGUGUAGAGCUCAUUUAAAUGUAUUCCUUUCUAGGUCUGGGCGCAGUGGCUCACGCCUGUAAUCCCAGCACUUUGGGAGGCUGAGGUGGGCGGAUCACGAGGUUGGGAGUUCAAGACCAGCUUGGCCAAAUAGUGAAACCCCAUCUCUACUGACAUACAAAAAUAAGCUGGGCAUGGUGGCCUGUACUUGUAGUCCCAGCUACUCGGGAGCCUGAGACAAGAGAAUCAUUUGAACCCAGGAGGCGGAUGUUGCAGUGACCUGAGAUCGCUCCACUACCCUCCAGCCUGGGCGACAGAGCAAGACUCCAUCUCAAAAAAAAAAAAUUUCCUUUCUAGUUGUAUUUUCAAGUCACAAAUUGGAAAAGGCUUACAUCUAGAGACCCACUAUUGAUUUCUAAGUUGUGGGUGGGUGAGACUAGUGGCUUCAGUGCCUGUAUAACCCUCACCUGUUUAUGACUGAUCUACUGUAACCUUCCUCAGGUUGAGAGCCAGUGUGAGCCAGUGACAACUACUGCUACAACUUGCUGUUACUUGAAAUUUGUGUGCUAUGUUAGGAGCAUAGGAGUAGGCGGGUGGGGGUUUUGGUGUGGGCACUAGAUAAGUGGGUGGCAGCUGGCUCUUUGGAACCAUUGGUGCUGACCUUGGCCUGGUCACCUUUUACUUUACCUAGGUAAAGUGAAUGUUACAUCCUGGAACCUGAGCCGUGGAGGUGGCACCGCCUCCCUGAGGAGAAAGGUGUGACCAAGGGAAGCUCCCGCAUGGCUCCUGCUCCUUCCACUUCCCUACAUUUCACUUGGGCUAAUCAUGUAAGCCCCCCUUGAGGUUGGGGAUGGUGUGGAGAUAGCUGCAGACACCCCUGUAACAGACAUCCAGGAAGAAUUGGGGAGUGGGGGUAAUUCUAGUUCUCAGGCCUAGAGGUGAGAGGUGGGAGUAGAACCAGAAGUGCCCUGGAAUCCAGCCUUGUCAGCCCUUACCCCGGGGCUCCCAGGAAAGCAUGGCAUGCUUGAAGCCCUCUGCUCCCUGCAGAAAGUGGGGAGAGGAGGAGCUUUUUUUUUUUUUUUUUUUUUUUUUUUUGAGACGGAGUCUCGCUCUGUCGCCCAGGCUGGAGUGCAGUGGCCGGAUCUCAGCUCACUGCAAGCUGAGGAGGAGCUUUUUCCUUCAGUUAGAGCUUUCCCUUCCCUGCUGCCUCUCUCCCUUAGCUUUGGAGCCCUAAAGUUAGUGGACAAGACACUGGGAUAAAGCUCUACAGCUGCUGGAACGUCUGAGUCUGUGUGUGUGCAUAUGCGUAUGCGUAUGUGUGUGUGUGUGUGUGUGUGUGUCAUUUGCAGAAGUCUUGCUACCAGUUGGGGUGUUAAGAGCAUCUCCACUGGGCGGAGACCUGGCAUUUGUUUCCACUUUUAAGAGAAUGACACGCCCCCUGUCAUGUAAGGGAGGAGCUAUUGAGUUAGACAUUUUCCCUAUGGGAAUCCUGGGUUUGGUUUAUGGGAAAGGAGGGAAUGGAGAAGUGAUUUUUAUCUCUAAUCGUCAACACAGCUGUUCUUCCACUGAAUUUGUGCUAUUGCAUACAUGUAGCCAUCUUUCUUUUCACUGCAGCAGUGUUUAUCAGUAGUUGAAAAUGAUUUAUUUGCUCCUGGGGAGUAAAACCUUUUUUAUUAAAAAAAGAAAAAGAAAAAAAAGAAGAAAAGUGUGCCCCCCUCCUUCGCCAUGAUAGCUAUAGAAUGGUUGGGCCACAAAGGUCAAGUCUGCACGUCCCUGUGGUAGACCCUGCUUUCACAUUGGAGCCUUCUCGCUCAGCACAAAACAAUCGGAGGCCUUGAGAAAAUGGAGAGCAAAGUCUUGGGAGCAGUGAAAUGGGGGUUGGAUCAUAGAGACAGGCACUGGGGACUCGGGUACUGCAGUUAGGAAAGUAGCGUAAUGAGUUGUACUGAAAAUGAUGAUUCUCUAGUCUGCCAGAAAAGGACUUUUCUUUACAUGCAGAUUUCAUAUUGUCUUUGUCCUUUUCAUUGGUUCUUGACCUUCCUGGUAGGUGUCGCUCAGUUUCUUCCUGUUUUCCUUCCUGUCCUCUCCACACCUGCUAUCCUGUCCCACUCCCAUCUACCUCCCGGGAAGCCAGCCCUGCAUGCUUAGUUCAUGACCUGCUUCACUCCCAUUUCAUUUCUAGAGGGUUUAGAGGGGACCUGGAACUGCUCCCUUUCCCUCUCCUACCCGCUCCUCCUCAAUGCCAAGAGGCCUGGAGGGGCAGACAGAAAGCUGCUGGCCACAGCGGGAAGACGGGCAUGUUUGGUUGCAGCUGGACUGCGAUCGUAGUUCCUCCUGGAGAUCGAGUGUGAGGAACUUAGGACACUUCCUCAGGCUCUGGGAUCAUCACAUACCACACUGCCCCGCUCAGAGCUUCGUCCUGAACUCCUUAACCAGCUCAGGUGGAGCAGAAGCCUGGUCUCACUCCUCCAUCUCUGGUGCUCCCUUGGGUGGGGACCUGCCCCUCACUCUUAGGCCCAGAACCUUGUCCAAGGGACAGGUAGGGUCCAGGUGCCACUUUGGGUAGCUGGCUGUUGGAAUGCCCAAACUGGUGCUGCCUGUGGCGUAGCCACUGCUGUACGUUUUUGGUUGUUUUUAAGAAACUCGAUGAAGAGGGGUGUCAUUCUUGGCUCGGGGUGGUUGCCAAUUUUUCACCAGAAAGGGAGCCACCCCCUGCAACCACUUCUGUCCCCGUUAGCCCCCCUCUGACCUCCAAGCCAAAGCGUGGCCUGGCUUUUGUCUUCCCAUUUAGUUUUCCUCUUUUGCCCUUCCUUUUGUGCUUAAUUUAUUAAAAUAGUUGCUGUAUAAUUUAUUUUCAUAAACUAUAAAAAAAUACUAAAUGGUUAAAAUAGACUUGCAGGCCAAUCUUAAAUGGGGUGGGGGGUCUGAGGGUGGGAUGGGGAAAGGGAAAGAGGUUUUGAUAUAAACAAAACAAAUGCACUUUGGGUGUGUUUUGGUAUUUUUCUGGGGAUAGAGGGGGUGGGGUUAGGGAUGUCCCUGUAGAUUAGUUCCAGAAUGGGGUGUCUGUAUAUACUGUAUUAAUAGGCAUGUUUGACUCUCGUAAAGGGACAUUAGUAGCUGCUGCAGGUCCUGUUUGGAAACCCCAUGUACAAUUCCCAGUUUUUUGUAAGUGUCAGUGCGAGAGACAUUUGACUCUUGUGUUUGUAUCUCCUUUUUAUGAUUGCUGUACCUACCCAUGUCUUUUUGGGGAGGGGUGAAAAGAGAUUUGAAAUAAAAAUGUUUAGAAAUUA